ACUGCGCGUGCGCGCUCCGUCUGAGUGGCGGCGCCUCCUCGGGCGGCAGGCGGGACUUGGGCGCGGGAGCCGAGGGAGGGAGAGCGGAGAGGACCGGCGGACGGAGCAACGGACUGACGCGACGCCGGGACGGAAUGACGGUGCAGCACCCCUGAUUUUGGACUCGCCUUCCUAAGCCGACAGCUGCCUCCUCCUGGCCGGAGCCCUUCAGGAUGUCCUCCUUGCGCCGCCUGGCCAACUGCCUGCAGGAUUCGGAGAAGGUCGCCGCUUUCCAGAGGCUGUGCGGCGUGCAAGCGCCCCCAGAGUGGGGGGCUGCCUUUUCUCCCCCCCGGCCCCUGGAGCCCGGUGCCCCGGUGGCCAACGGGAACUGCCCGGCCACCCAGCCGGAUGGGGCGAACGACGGGAGGUGCCGCUUCCAAGGCCCCUGCAAUGUGGGCGAGAAGGGUGACGUGUGGCACUCGAACGGGGUGCUCUCCGGGGGAGCCUGCGGUGAGGUGGAAGCCCAGAUCAAGCCCCCGAAGAAAGAGGAGAAGCCUGGGUUCGGGGUUCCCAAAAAGCAGCCUCGGCGCAACUCUCUGACUGGGGAAAUGAUAUGCCAGGAUUUCACCAUCCGUAGCCCCUUCCUCUAUUACCUGUUCAGCCUGGGCACGGAGCUGGGCAACGAGCUCUUCUACAUCCUCUUUUUCCCCUUCUGCAUCUGGAACCUGGAUGCUUGGCUGGGCAGGAGGCUCAUCAUCGUUUGGGUCUGGGUCAUGUACCUGGGCCAGUGUACCAAGGACCUUAUCCGUUGGCCCAGACCUGCAUCCCCACCCGUGGUCAAGCUGGAGGUUUUCUACAACUCCGAGUACAGCAUGCCCUCUACGCAUGCCAUGUCGGGCACUGCCAUCCCAGUGACAUUACUGUUGUUCAGCUAUGGACGGUGGCAGUAUCCUUUGGCAUAUGGGCUGGUUCUUGCCAUCUGCUGGUGUUCUCUGGUUUGUUUUAGCCGAAUAUAUAUGGGGAUGCAUUCAAUUCUGGAUGUUAUCGCUGGAUUCCUUUACGCUCUUCUCAUCUUAGCUGUCUUCCUUCCACUUGUGGACCUAGUUGACAGCUUCAACUUAACCUGCACGUACGCGCCCCUAAUUAUCAUCAGUCUCCAUCUUGCCUUGGGGAUUUUCUCCUUCACUCUUGACACUUGGAGCACCUCGCGAGGAGACACUGCUCAGAUCCUGGGCUGCGGUGCCGGCGUUGCGUGCGGCUCUCAUGUCAUCUACAUGCUGAACAUGACACCGGAUCCUUCGCCAGAGAUGCUUCCCUUACUGCCUCCCUCCCUCACCGUGACUCUUUUUGGAAAAGUCAUGUUGCGGUUGCUGAUUGGAGUGGUGAUUCUGUUGCUCACAAAGUGGGCCAUGAAGAAGGUCACCAUCCCACUGGCCUGUAAAAUCUUCAGCAUCCCUUGUGACGAUAUUCGGCAGGCGCGGCAACGCAUGGAGGUGGAGCUGCCUUAUCGCUACUGCACCUAUGGAAUGGUGGGGUUUGCGCUGACUUUCUUGAUUCCUUGCCUGUUUCACGUAAUGGGUCUGUCCUGAUGCUGGUGUUUUUUCCUGGGCAUGGGAAGGGAGGCGAACAGCGGACAUUGUGAGAGAAGGUUCACCGUUUGAGAAACACAGAGAUGUGCCUCUGCUGAAAUAGUACGGGGCAAGCAAAGAGAGCUCCAGUCUUCGAUCCUAGAGUUAAGAGACCUAGAAGCUUCAGGUCCCUGAGAAAUGCCAUGUCUAGUCUUACUGUUGUAACAAAAUGUAAACUCUGUGUAUGUGUAUGCAUAUAUACUGUCGAUGCCUCAAACUUAUAAACGUACCUCUCUCUUUAUUUGGACAUGUAUAAAACUGGUUAUGUUUCUAGUUGAUCCAAAAGUUUGAUUUGUGGUCAGUUCAAGCCAUUUCAUACUAAGUUAUUUGUUUCUUCGGACCACAAACUGCUCUGGUGGAAAAGCUUGUUACCUCAGCACUUCCAAAUGUUUUGCGUAGGAAGUAAGCUGUUCUAAUGGACCAAAAUUUUAAUGAGAGAACCUGGUAUUUAAGAGUCUUUUCCAUAUUCUAAAACAUCGUUAAUUUGUCAAUACAAACCAGUUACAUUCAGGUACUGUAUCCUUUUUUCUUUUUUUCUUUUUGCUUGAUAAUUGUGCCUUUCUGUUGCUAAAUUAAAAAGCACCAUAUACUGUGAUGUAUAUAAAAAAGCCCACAACUAUUUUAAAUUUUUACUGAAUUAGGCAGAUAUUUUAAAAUGUAACUAGCCACAUAACUAAUGAAAAUAAAGAUUUAUCUUCUGUAUUAAAAGUUUGAAAACCAA